AUGCAAGUUUGGGCCACUACAUCUAGAACUGCAUCGGAUUCUACUUCUACUUUUACAACUACUAAAAUUCCAAUAACUACAACUAUUGAAACAUCUAGAACUGCACCGGAUUCUACUCAUACUUCUACUACUACUAAAAUUCCAAUAACCACAACUACCCAAAUUUUUACCCAGACUUCAGAAAAAACAUCUAGGAAUUUUGAAGAAACUACUGUAGCCCGUACUACUGUAGCCAGUAGCACAAGUAUCAAAACAACCUACACCACAGCUCAAUUUCCGACAACAACCUCUACUAGCGACACAUCCUGCAAUUCUACAACUUUUCCAUCAACGUUUCUAUUUGCCUAUUCUAAUGAUUUAUUGUCGGAAACAGUUUUGGACACAUUUAAUAAGUUUUCAAGUUACUUGAAACAUUAUUCCUGGUUUGGGAGUGCCAUCGACUGGCUUCCACUCUUUAAUGCUCCCUAUCCGAUUUAUGCUGCAACUAUUCAAGUAUCUGGAAGCGGGACGAAAACUUUUCCAGAUUUUUAUUCUCCCUCAGCACGUAUGUAUUGGGUUGGAAUCACUUAUCAGGAUCAUGUACCUAUCGACUCAUUCCAAUAUCUUAAAUUUUGCUUAACCAAUCAUCAAGGUAACGCAAGUGUCUCAGUUAGUUCGAGAGAUGUUUCUUAUUGGGACGACGGAAACUAUUUAGGUCAGCCUUCUUGGUUGAUUAAUGUCGAUUACAGGGUUACACUGGAUUAUAAUUAUUUGGGUGGGGAUAUGCAGCAUCUCCAGUUUCGGAUCUACACUAUCACCCCAAACAGCAAUUGGCUGCCAUACAGUGAUUGA